AUGAGCCGGAAUUAUGACGCUGCGACGAUUCCAGUGCUGUCGCCAAGAUCGUCGCCGAACGCUCCUCCCCCGCAAACGGCCGCGCGAAUUUAUCCCGUCUUGUCGCUGAUUUCAGUAAUUCUUUUGUUCCUUUCUGCUGGAGCUGGUAUUGCUCUGUCUGCAGUGGUGCUGUUUCGGAACUUUGAAUCGAUUGAAGUUCUGGAUCCUUUGAGCCGAGCUGUUUUCUUCGUGGCCUCCUGUAUGAGUCUCGCAUACGUGCUCACACACAUCAUCGCUGCCAGAACUGCGUACAUCAAAAAUAAUGGAUCUCCAAAGGCAUACGGGAAAUACAUUGCAGGCUUGGCGUUCUUACUCGCUCGACUGGGUCUUCCGGUUUGGGUUGCGGCAGUCACCCUUGCGAUAAUCGUUGCGGUAAACAUUGGAUUGGAUGUGUCGAAAGGGAUUCAGGAAAACCUCCCAUGGUUGGAUGUCAUAAUCAGCGUGGUUUCUCUCCUGUCAUUGAUUGCAAUACUUGCAGUCAUUGAGAUGGCUGAAAGACCAUUUGCAACGAUGGGUCUCUCGCAGCCUUGGUUCGUCCGUGGAGAACAUCCUUUUACUGCUCCAGACGAGGAAGACAUUGACUAUGGGCUUGUUGAAGUUGUAUCUAUGGUGAAGGAUGUCAAGCUGCCGCCAACUGCCAAGCAGAUCAAAGCAAGGAAGAUGUUGUCAACUAUCCAGGAAAAGAAGGAGAAAAAGCCUGAAAAGAGGAAACGGAAGACGUUGACGAAGAAGAAUCCUUACGAAGUUCAGCUGCAACGACAACAGCAGCAGCAGCAGCAGCAGCAAGAACAACACCGAACUCUACGCCAUGCGAGGAGUAUGUCCAUGCCGACUCCGCUCAACGCUGUGUUCGGCGACAGCCCGGAGCCUCGGCUGACAGACUCGCCUGGUUUGCACACCGCGUUUGCGUGGAAACCACCCACUAGAGAGGGCACUCCACGUGCUGCGGGAGCUGUGACAUUCGAGGACCUCGGAGCAUGGAGAGAUCGAGUCAGUCUAUAUCAUACGGCGUCGGACAUUUCUACCAGCGCCUCUGCGCCAUCUGACGAUAUCGUUCUUCCAUCGAUGCCCCGCCAAGCCCAUUAUUCUCCGCACAGUCAAGCCUCGCUGCUUGAACAACAGCAGAAAUACGACUUGAGGCGAUGGACAGCGAUUGGUAUGCAAUCCCCUCCAUUUGAUGGUGGCUUCUUGGAUGUUCCCUUCAGGAGACCUCGUCCUCUCAUGACAAUGGAGGAUGAGCACAGGAUGCUAGGAAGGAGGCCUUCGACACGAGACGGAGAUUGGGAGGCAAAUUACCACCUGAGAAUGCAUCAGAACAGUCGACCUUCGAGUUCACAUACGUCGAGAACGGGCGGAUCAUCCAUGACCUCCCGGACUGGAUUUACAAUACGAGACGAGCCUCCAUCGCUUCCACCGAUUGCCACUGUCUCCUCUCUGGUAAUUGCGAGCACUAUGAACGAAGUUAACAAAACGAAUACGAACAGUAUUCGACCUGACAGUGACGUACUGCCAAACGAAGGACGCCGACGCCGGAGGCUUUCCAAUGUGAGCGACAAGCGGCGUCAGACGUACAGAACGGACAGCCGGUCACUGUCACAAACUUACCGCCCAUCCAGCCGAUACGUUUCUACCAUUUCACAAGAAACCCGGCCAACAAGUCCAACAAUGACGAUUAGGUCUACCAGAUCGGGAAAAUCUGACAUUCAUAAUUUCUCACGACCUCGAACUUCAGCAGCUGCAAGAAUGCAAUCAAAGGUGGCAAAACGGUUGCGAGCCAUGAAGAAUCAGCAGCAACGUCAGGAGCAACAAUUGGUUCUGUCAGUCACACGCCACUCUGUGGGAGAGGAGACUUCCUCCUCCCCAAGUUCGCCAGGGACCCCGAACACACCUCGGACUGUGAGAGCAGCGGCAGUGAAGACUUUGCAGGAGAGACUUGGCCGAAGAAAUCAGCAACAACUUCCAACUGAUGGGGACCAAAGGCCGCCUUCACCAGAAACCCCACGAACGGCAAGGGCUACUGCUGUGAGAACUCUUCAAGAGAGGCUGGGCAAGAGAAUGAUGCGGCGUAAUGAGGCAGAAGCCGGGCAACUACAACGUGUAUAA